AUGGAGAAAUACUUGCGAGAUUGGCGGCAGGACGCUCUGAACAAACAUCAAUACGAGUCGGCGAUUUUCGUUGGAGACAAGCUGCUUGCUUUGACGAACGACGAUAAAGAUGCGUUUUGGCUAGCUCAAGUCCAUUUCAGCACCGGCAAUUACAAUCGCGCGCAAUCGUUCCUCUCCCGCGGCGACCUGAUCCAGAAUAACGCCUCGUGUCGGUACCUCGCAGCCCACUGCUCGAUCAAGCUUGGGAAAACCGAGGAAGCACUUUCGACACUGGGCGACAAGAAUCCUACGCACCUCAUAUCUGCUCCUGGCAGCGCUCGUCAGAAACUGAGACAUGUCGACGUCAACGCUCGGGCGGGUGCUAAACACCUCAAGACGGCUUCGCGGAGCGACCGGGUCCCCACGAGCGAGGAACGUGACAGGGAAGACGUCACGAGUCUGAAGUUCGAGGCUGGCAUGUGCUAUUUGCGAGGAGUGUGCUAUGCGAAACAGAAUUCCUUUGACAGGGCGAAAGAGUGUUACAAGACAGCCGUCCAGAUCGACGUCCAAUGCUUCGAAGCCUUUGACCAGCUCAUGACAAACUCCCUCAUGUCGCCCGAGGAAGAGUGGAAAUUCCUCGAGUCCCUCAACUUCGAUACCAUCACCGUGGACAACAACCCCUCGCUCUCCCAAGAAGCUGCACAGUUCACGAAGACCCUGUACACUACACGCCUGUCCAAGUACUCCCGUCCGGAAGAAUUCACAGCAGCUACUGAGACUCUAUCAACACACUAUAGUCUGGCCUCAAAUCCAGAUAUCUUACUAUCAAAGGCAGACCUCCUCUUCACCCAAUGCCGAUUCCGCUCCGCUCUCGCCCUCACAACCUCCAUUCUCUCUUCCGACAAAUACAAUUUCGCCACUCUCCCCACCCACCUCGCCUGCCUCCAUGAGCUCGGCCAGAAGAACGCCCUCUUCCUUCUCGCCCAUGACCUCGCCGACACCCAUCCCCAAGAACCCUGUUCUUGGCUCACAGUAGGCAUUUACUAUCUCUCGAUCUCCCGAAUCGCUGAAGCCCGUCGCUUCUUCUCUAAAGCCUCUAUGAUGGACCCGCACUUCGGACCCGCCUGGAUAGGCUUCGCCCAUACCUUUGCCGCAGAAGGCGAGCACGAUCAAGCCAUCUCGGCCUACAGCACUGCGGCUCGGUUAUUCCAGGGCACCCAUCUCCCACAGUUAUUCCUCGGGAUGCAGAACCUGCAACUGAACAACCUCUCCCUGGCCCACGAGUACCUCAACACAGCCUACGAUCUGUGCAAAACAGAUCCCCUGCUCCUGAACGAAAUGGGUGUGGUGUACUACCACGAAGACGCGCUGGCCGACGCCAUCACUUUUUUCCGUCGCGCACUUAGUAUUGCCGAACGCAACGACAGCGAUCGAGACGCCUGGCUCCCAACGCGCACUAAUCUCGCGCACGCGCUGCGGAGAUACGGUCAUCUGGAUGACGCGCUUGCCGCUUUCGAAGAAGUGCUGCGACACGGGACUAAAGACGCAGGAGUCUUUACCGCGAAAGGCCUCGUGCUGCUCGAACUAGGCCGCUCGUGGGACGCUGUCAUCGCUCUCCAUGAAGCUCUCGCUGUCGCGCCACAGGACCCAAUGGCGACGGAUUUACUCACUCGAGCGCUCGAACUCUGCGAGUCGGAUGAUAGCUUGUUAGGGGCGGAAGGCAGUAUGGGAGAGUCGGUGGGGAUGGGAGCUGUGAGUGAUGAAGAUAUUGACAACGAAUUGGAAGGAAAGAUUAGUCGGCUGAGAGAAAUCCAGCAGAACAGGGCAGGGAGGGGAGGCAGACGCGGCAGGAGAGGUGGUGCUGGGUUUGUGGGUGGAGGGGCGCUGGAGGAUGAGGGUGGUGAGAGUAUGGUGGUGGACUCGGAUGUGUGA